CAAAUUGCGUAUUAGCAACACAUUAUUUUUUUUUAAUAACUUCUGUUUUUUUUUAAUCAUUCUUUUCUGAUUGACAACUCUCACAAUGAAGAUCGGCCUUUGCGCUUACAGUGGUUACAAGAUCUAUCCUGGCCAUGGAAAAACCAUGGUUAAGGUGGAUGGCAAGACAUUCACAUUCCUGAAUUCAAAAUGUGAAGCGGCCCAUCUUAUGAGGAGGAAUCCUCGCAAAGUAACAUGGACAGUAUUGUAUAGACGUAAAUUCAAGAAAGGCCAAGAGGAAGAGCAAGCCAAGAAGCGCACCCGAAGGACACAAAAAUUCCAACGUGCAAUUGUUGGUGCUUCUCUCAGUGACAUUAUGGCCAAGCGUAACAUGAAACCUGAGGUGCGCAAAGCACAAAGGGAACAAGCUAUCAAAGCCGCCAAAGAACAGAAAAAAUCAACAAAAGCGGCAAAGAAGGCUACGGCUCCUCCAACGAAAGUAAAGGCUCCUCCUAAAGCCAAGGCUGCUAAAGUCAGUCAGAAGUCUGCUCCAAGAGUAGGAGGAAAACGAUAAGAAUUGAAUACAACAAAUAAUUUUA